AUCUGUGAAAAAUAAAAAAUAAGUCAAACCGCGCGCACAUCGGGCUUAUACGGUUUUUAGUUGAAAAUAAAUAUAAAUCACAUCUUUUUAGCAAAUUUAGCCACAAACAGUGAAUAAACAAUGUGUGAUAAUCUUAUAAUUCCACCGCAUCUUAAUGCUGAAGUUUAUAGAAAAGAUUCAAAUGUGUCGGUGAUGGCACAUUUGGAUUACAUUCGCAUGCAUAAUGAUGGCACUACACUAAUCGGAUGCUCUGAGCUUACCGGUCGCUACUGGAACGGUGGAGCUAAAGUAUUAAAAACUUUGGAAGCAGACACCUUAGACAAACUAAGCGUCGCUUUACCCAGUGGAACCGCAGACGGAUGCUUUAUACAAAAUCCCGACAAGUUAUUACUCUGCCAAGACUCGGGGUCAGUCAGUGUCUGGACGCAUGGCACCGGGGCGUGGGCUGCGUGGGAGGAAGUGAUGACGGUGUCGGAGCAUGACGAUGCAGUCAUGGCUGUGGACUGCUUGGACCCUGUCAACCAUUAUGUCACCGUUGCUGCAGAUGGAAAUAUAAAGGUCUGGGACAUAAAUGAGAUGAUCUGUGAGAACAACUACCUCGGCUGCCACAGCAUGAUGAUCACGGGAGUUGCAGUGAAACCGCAGUCCAUGAGCUUUGCCACCUGUUCCCUAGAUAGACAUGUUUCACUGUGGGACAAGGAUUCAACAGAGAAAAUCAGUGACCUAGCAGUACUGGACGCGGGAGUGCGUUGCUUAGAGUGGCUCAAUGAGGAUCACCUGCUGGUUGGUGAUGAGGCGGGAGUGCUCAGCCUCAUUGACAUGCGGAGUCUGAAGGCCCCACAACCACUUAUUACAUUCCCCGCUCCCGUACAUAGGAUUAAAUUUAACAAAGAGUCCAAUAAUGUAGCUGUGUGCUGUGAUAAUAGAAUAGUGUCAGUUUACGGAAUAAGUGAAGACUACAAAUUGAAUCUGGUGUACAAAGAUAACCGACACAAUAACUAUGUCAGAGGUAUGACCUGGCACAGUACAGACAAGCAAAAACUUCACACAGUGGGAUGGGAUGGCGCUAUCAACACGCAUUUUGUGCAAAAAUGACCCUGAUUGUAAGUGAUUAUGAUGAUUAUUGUUGUUGAUUACUGCUCUCGAAACAAAAAUACAGAUUAUAAUUUGUACUACA